GAUGCUCAAUUGUUCAAAACAACAGAAACUUAAAUGCUGCUUAAAUGUUUGUGUACAAUACGACAGGAAAAUGAAACAGUGUACGAAAAGCAAGGAAAUGGGACCCUGUCAGUGGUGUAUGCUGCGUGUUGUGAAUGCUUGAGCUGAAUUGUUAACCAUUAACGCUGCGCAAGUACGAACGAAGAACGUGCGAUAUGUUUUUGAUAUGUUCUACUGCUUGAAUAGUUAUGAAUUCGUUUCUUUCUCUUUUGGAAGAAGAGGCUCCUGAGAAAAGGGUGUUUGAGUGGCUGAAGCAUUGUAGUGCUGCCCCCAAAGAUGUAGAGUAUUCUAGGGAGGAUUCUGGAUGCCUUCAAAAUGAAAGAAAUGAGACUGAGUUGACUGCUAAUUUUCGUCUGAGAAACAAAAGUUGUGUGUUAAAAUUGUACAGUCGUGAAGAAUGUCAGCACAUUAUCACAUAUAUUGUAGAAAACGAUGCUUUUCCAUUUCUAAAAGGAACAUUGCUGUGGCAAAAAAUGGAAAAUGAGAAGGUCUGUUACAGAAGUUGGCAGAGUAUGAAGGAGCAGUUUAUUAAAAAAAUUUAUCCUAAUUUAGGGGAAUAUCCAGUAAAGCCUGAUGAUAGAAAGAAAUUUAUGGAAUAUAUGAAACCAUCUCCUCCACAAAAAAUCAUUCAUAUGGAGCCUGGACAAAGAGGAUGGAGAAAAAAUGGAAGAUAUUACACGAUUGAAGAAGACUUAAUUAUUUUAAAAUAUAUUUUUCAUAGACGUAGGCACCUACAAGUACACGGGAAUUCUUUAUGGCAAACAAUGGAAGACAGACAAAUUCUCCCUGGGCGUACAUGGCAGUCAAUGAGGUCUCGAUACUUGAAUGUCAUCAGGCACUCUUUGGAUGAAUAUAAAUCACAAGACACUGGUAUUAAAUCGUUCGAGUUACACGAAAAAGGCAAGGCAUAUCGCACAAGAAAGUUCUUCAGUCAGGCGCAUUCAAGAUCGAAGAAGAAGAAGAAGAAAAGUAAUGUGAGUGUAUAUUCACCGCUAUCUUCUUGUACAAAUACAAAAAAAUUGGUUAGUAGGAAGGUUGCAAACCAACAAGAUAUUCGCAAAUAUGCCAUCUCGACCGGUACUCAACUUGCUUCUAAAUUGAAAGUGUUAGGAAAGAACAUGGAGCAUUUAAAACACCAUAAUAAAGAAAUGCAACCAACAAGUUGCUCUUUAGUGUAUCAUGAAGCUUCUGACAGUGAGGCACCAGCAGUUGACCAGCAAAAUACUUCUGAGAAGAAUAAAAAAAAUAAAGAUAUGAAAAGAAAAGAAGUUGAAUGUUCCAUUUCUUGCAACAUUUCAAGUGUAUUACCUGACUUACAAAAUGAUGCUGCUUCAACAAAUGAGUCUGUGGGCGAAAGUGAUAAUUCAAAUAAGAAAUCGGAUCAGUGUGAUAGGACAGUUGAAAAUUCAAGAAGUGGUGUAAAUUCACAUGAUUGUUCAUCAAUAUCUUGUGAGAGUCUGAAGAAAAUUGUGAAACACCCUCCGACAUUAGUCAACAAUCGAUCUUCAGAAAAAUGUGAAAAUAGUAAUAAUGAGGACAGAAAUAAUGUUGAAUGUUCAAUACCUGAUCAUAUUUCUGAUUUACAAGAGUUUGUCUCUGACAGUGAGAUUUGUGAUAUGGCACCAUCUUGUAAUGCAAAUCAUUCACAAUCUGAGGGACAGGUUAUAGAUGAUGAAACUCGGAGUGAAAUAUCACGAGGUAAGCUUUGAUUACAUUAGAUUUUAUUUAUUUGAAUGAGAACUUGUGUAAAGAUUGUUUUAACUAGUUAAUGAGUUUUUAGACUUUCAAGACAUACUGGUGGAUCAUGGUUCAGUUUUAUGGGGAAACAAGAGCGCCAACUUUUAAGAAAAUAUCGAGGGGGAUUGUAAGAUAUCCGUUUUAUGUAUUGUAAAGCUUUCUUAUUUUAUUUGUUCCAAAUUUUGCCCUGCUUGCUAUACUAGUUCAAUACAGGCGGGUUCGAUUCGUAAUUUUACUUACCCCGCCGCCAUUGCAAUUGGUAGACGUGCUAUUCGUACGAAUGGGCACGUUUUUCUUGAAAUUCUCUUUUUUAAUAAUUAAUAAUCAGCAUUUUGUAUUUUAUUUCAAUUACUCUAUAAUUCAAUUGUAAGUUUUUAAAAUCAGUUUCGAAUAUUUUCUAAAAUUAUUGAAAAUAGUUUUUUUAUUCAAUAUACGUCACCUAUCUUUGCGGGCUCUUCAUCUUCUCGGGUGGAAGACAUCUUCGUAUUUUGUCCCCUCCGAUGCCCUAAUAUCACUAUCCUCACUGCUCCGAGUAGCUGUUAACAAUCGUACUUGAUUCAGAGAUUAAAACAAUGGAAUGAUUAUUCAUGGUGGAUUUUUUUUUU